GCAUCAUCAUCACAGCGGCGGCGCGAGGGGGAAUGUAGGAGCAUAAUAGGAGUGGAAGCAAAUUGAGAUCUCACAGUCGGACGGUCAGGCGGAAGGGUCGCACGUCUGAUCUGAUCUGAUCUGGUCUGUAAUCUCCACUUUAAAGGAUCUGAUCCCCUUUCUUUUCUUUUUUUUUCCACCAAAGAGGAUAAACACCGACCGAGCACGCGCUGCUAACACUGCUGCUGCUGCUCUGUCUUCUUCUUUCAUUGUCUCUCCGCCGGUGAUCUCCUCCGGUACCUCCGCUGCUUAUACCGGGCUUCUACCGCCGCAACUUUUCCCUUUGCUGUCUUUUCUUUUUUGAGGAAACCUGAUCUGUUUAUUCUCUGGAUUGAACAUUCUGGAGUUUGGCAGGUUUGUUUAAAGGCUUUCCCUUUUUUCUUUAUUGUUUUAACGCACUUUUUUGAGGAUUUAGGAGAGAAAGAAAGAAAAUAAGGAAAGAAAGAAAGUAGCAAGCUACCAUCCGUUCAUUCAGCGGGAAUAAAGAACAAAGAGGUGCGGUGCAAAGCUCUCAGCAGUGUGUCCCCCAGACCUUCUGAACCUUUCAGGACCAUUCAGGACUGUUCCAGACCUUCUACACUAUAUCUUUCAGGACAUUUUAUACGAUUUAGAAGGUUUUACUUAAGAGAUCAAGACGUUUUAAAGCUACUCAAGACGGAUUUCUAAGCUUCUUCUAAGUCUUACAACAACUCCAAAAAGAAACCAAGAACCCAAGAAAUCAACUCUACUCCAGUCCAAAGAGUUCUGACUCUUUGUUUGGCUCUUUAUAGCUGGAGGAUCUGCUGAUCUACAGCCCUGACUCGUGGCAGACAGUUGGGAGAGUUGUUCUGGUCCAGCCUGGAGAUUAAUUAAGACUUUCAACCAUAAACUCGAGCUCACUCUUCAGCUGGGUUUAUUUAUUUAUUUUUGUCCAAAUCUGGAGGAAAUGUGUCCGAUCUGCUGACCUGAGCUUACAGAGAAGUUCAGCAGCGUGUGAUCUGAUCUGAUCUGAGGCUGAAGUUUGGAGUUGGAGCAUUGUUCUGUUUUGGAGAUCCGAGAGGAGCGAGCUCCUUUGUCUGAGCGCGAGAUGAGUGUAAACCUUGCAACUCCCACGCUGCCACUGCGACUCAAGCGGGUAGACUGCGAUGACUCCCACGCCACAGAGACGCUGAAAUGUAAACGCCGCCGGCUGAGCCAGCCUCCCUCACCUGGCCUGGCACCCUGCCUCCGACCCCUGACCCAAAGCUCGGAGCCUUCGGGCCCAGAGAACCACCUCGUGUCCUCUAUCGGAUCCUACGUCCUGCUGGAGGCCACUGAGGGCACCCAGACCUUCAGAGCUGUCCACCGGGUCACAGAGCAGGAGUACACCUGUAAGGUGUUUUCGAUGAGGAAGUAUCAUGACCUCAUCGCUCCGUACGCUCGCCUGUUGCCUCACGAUAAUAUCUGUAAGAUGUCGGAGGUGAUUAUGGGCGAGCAGAACGUGUACAUCUUCUUCGAACGCAAUUACGGCGACAUGCACUCGUACGUACGCACCUGCAAGAGGCUGCAGGAGGACGAGGCGGUGCGUCUCUUCACGCAGAUGGCGUCGGCGGUGUCGCACUGUCACGAGAACGGCGUUGUUCUACGAGAUCUCAAGCUGCGGAAGUUCGUCUUCGCUGACGCACAAAGAACGAAGCUGGUCCUGCAGAACCUGGAGGACUCCUGUCUUCUCAACAGCGACGACGACUCCCUCACGGACAAGCACGGCUGCCCCGCCUACGUCGGCCCGGAGAUUUUGAACUCCCGCCACUCGUACUCAGGGAAGGCGGCAGACAUCUGGAGCCUGGGAGUGGUCCUCUACACCAUGCUGGUGGGACGCUACCCAUUUCAGGACGUGGAGCCUGCGGCGCUGUUCAGCAAAAUCCGCAGGGGUGCCUUCACCAUCCCGGAGACGCUGUCGCCCAGGGCCAAGUCGCUCGUGUGCUGCAUGCUGAGGAAACUGCCGUCAGAGCGUCUGGAGGCGCCCGACAUCCUGCUGCACCCCUGGCUGCACUGUAGCAACAACGUCCUCAGCAGCCUGCACCCCAGCUCCAGGCACUCUGCGGACCAGGUGGUCCCGGACUUUGAGAAGGCAGAGGAUGACGACUGCUGUUGAGGCGUUCGUUGACUCGCUGAUUCGCUGAUUAGCUGAUUCACGCUCUCUCUCUCUCAGCCACCUCGGUUUCAAAUUCCCACCAUACCCGCUGGCACUGUAGACGACCCUGCAGAGACUUCAGAAGGACGGAUGGUGGGCAGCGAGCGCUCCAGUACAGGGAAUGACUGAGCCAGUUUCAGAUCCC